AUGUCGCGGAACGUACAUUGGCGCCAACAUCAGUCAAGCAAUAGCACGCACUCUGGCCGCAGUGCAGACAGCGAACAUUCGUAUGAAACCGCACCAACUGAGUACAGCAACAGACGGCCGUCUCUCCCGCAUAGCGAGACGUGCUACGCGCGAGUAGAAAACCGACGAGAUUAUUUUGCAAGCAAAGAUGAUCGCAACAAGUACUCGCAGCCAACACGCAGUUCUGUUGACACAUACGCCUCUACCUCAGAUGAAGACCUCGACAACGACCCAGAUGACAUGCAAGAGUACGACGUACCACAAUACCAUCACGAACCACUGCCAACCGACGCCAUACCCACGACACCCCGCGACUUCGCUGAACUGUUCCCUACUACCAAGCGCAUAUCAAUACGACACGACGACACAACAAUAGAUGGGAACAUGAACUUGAGAGUUGACACGCAGGUGGAGGAACGACACCACAAGAAGCGGAACUACACUCUAUACCAUCUGCGCAUGCAAGAUUUGCGGACUCGUGACUUCUCUUUACGCCGAUAUUGUCGAGAAUCUGGACGAGAGGUCUGCCACUCGAUACGAAAGUACCAGAAGCCGCCACAAGAGAAACGGCCGGUGUUGCAGCGUGCAAGUACAGCUCUCGCCAGUCUAGUCCACAAAUCUGAAUCCCGCCCCUUAACUGCGGCUGGCUUGAAGCGCUCGGACUCUGGGUACGAGUCGGUGCGGGGUUACGUGGAAGAGGAAGAUGAGGAGGAAGAAGAGCCACGUCCCAAGAGUGCAGGUUAUUUCAAGGGCCGUGCGCUGUUGCCUACCAACACUCUCAAAUUGGAGUUCUCUAACUACGCACACCUCGAGGUCAAGAGAAGAGGCGCCAAGUCGCACAAGAAGUAUGCCUUCGAACAUUGGGGUCAUGACUACUCAUGGAAACGCAUAGUCAAGAAGCAAUGUGACCAAGAGACAGUGUCCUACUACCUCGUCCGUGACGACAACGACAAGGAGCCCCUGGCCCACAUUUGCCCCGUUCAAUUGACGCAGACUGAGGCGCGAGAGGAGGCAGCACGUGGAGGAUGGAUUCCCCCUAGCUAUCUACGCAUCACCGAUGACAAGAUCUUGCACGCCGAUUCGGACAUUGCAGAUGUUGUCGUUGCUACUGGCCUUAUGGCCCUUGUAGAUGACUGCAUCAAGCGCCGGUUUUCUUCCAAACAGAAUGCGCAGCUACACAUCCCGCUCAUCCGGAGCGCUUCACUGAAGAUGAACAUGGAAUACAUUGGUCCCAAACGGCUUAUCGAUGAGAUGUUCAGUCGAAACACGCGCGGCGGGAGUCCAAGCAAACAACCGUCAGCGUUACGACGUACCUCAGUACAAGCUUAG